AUGACGAGUGGUUCCCCCAACGAGUCCCGCUGGUCCCGGGCCAAACACAGCUUCUCGGGUUCUGCCUCUUUCCUGUCGAGCGACGGAUACAAACAGAAGAGUGUUGUGUCUCGAGUGGAUGUGUUACUGCCACAACCAGAGCCAGAGACCAGAGCUGACUUCUUAAAAUAUUCACAGGAAAUCACACUGGAUCCAAACACAGUACACAGACGUCUGUUAUUAUCUGAGGGAAACAGAAUAGUAACAUUAAUGAGUAGAACACAGUCUUAUUCUGAUCACCCAGACAGAUUAAGUUAUUGGCCUCAGGUCCUGAGUAGAGAGAGUCUGACUGGACGUUGUUACUGGGAGGUGGAGGUGGAGGUGGGGGUGAGAGGAGGAGAAGUUGGUGUAGCAGUCACAUACAAGAAUAUCAGAAGAGAAGGAGACUUUAGAUCCAAUGACAAAUCUUGGUCGUUAUAUUGUGGUAGAACCAGUUAUACCUUUUAUCACAACAGCAUCAUGACUCUAGUGUCAUGUCCUGUGUCCUCCAGAGUAGGAGUGUACCUGGAUCACAGUGCAGGUGUUCUUUCCUUCUACAGGGUCUCUGACACCAUGACUCUCCUCCACAGAGUCCAGACCACAUUCACUCAGCCUCUCUACGCUGGAGUUGGGGUUCACAUAAAAAGUCAUAAAAAGCAGUGA